AAACUUGCAACCUUUGGAAUUAGAGGCAGAUCCUUACACCCAUUUGCCAUCCCCCAUCUACAACACCAGAGCAAAACCGAAACCUACUUGAAGAUUACACCUUCAGAGACUUUUGCCUCCCUGACAGAGUGACCUGCCCUCCCAAGCAAGGUGUGAGGACCCUCAUCCUUCCUGUCUCCACACAUUCCCAUUCUUCUUCUCCUCUGCUGCCGCACCUCUCAGGGCAGAAUGGACCAGUCUGUGCAGGAGCUGUUUCUGAACUUCACAGUAGUCUUGAUCACUGUGCUGCUCAUGUGGAUCCUAGUCAAGACCUACCAGGCCUGAACCACCAGGGGACAGAUACAGCGGGAGAGAGAUGAAGGGCUGAGAAAUGGGGGGAACUGGGUGGUACAUUUCAAUCCAGUUACUGCAGUUGCAAACAAUCUUGAA